UGUGUGUGUGUGGGGUGGGAUCUGAACCUGGAUAUUUUUAUUUUAAACUAUGUUUCCUCUAAACAGUGGCUCUGGCUUUGUGGUUCUGGGGCUGUACGUGUGGGGGUUAGUGCUUUUGUCGGGUGGUGUUUGUGGGGACAACCUGGAGGACGAGGAGCAUUAUCUGCAGGAGAUGAUGGGCAGAGAGCACCAGCGCUCCACCACACAGCCCGAGGAGCGACUCUCAGCCACUGCGGUGGGAGAGGGGCACAGGGAGAGGAAAGCCAAGAAGGUGUUCCAGGCAAAGAAGGACACAUCGGUGGGAAAGACAAUUAAAAAUGGAAACAAAAAAACAGAGAAAGGGAAAAAGUCUAACGGAAAAACGUCAAAUGGAAGUCAAGAAAAGAACAAAGUGACUGAAGAAAUGAUCGAAAAAUGUCCUCCUGUAGGCUUGGAGACUUUGCGAAUCGACGAUUUUCAGCUUCAUGCAUCUACAACUCAACGUUAUGGCUUGGGGGCCCACAGAGGCCGACUGAAUAUCCAGGCCGGCAUCUUUGAAGAUGAUUUCUAUGACGGAGGUUGGUGUGCUGGUCGGAAUGAUCAUUCGCAGUGGUUUGAACUGGAUGCCAGAAGACUGACUAAGUUCACUGGAGUUGUAACACAAGGCAGAAACUCGCUCUGGUCAAGUGACUGGGUGACAUCUUACAGUGUUAUGCUGAGCAACGACAGCCACACCUGGAUUGCCAUAAAAAAUGGAACUGAAGAAAUGAUUUUUCAAGGGAAUCAAGAGAAAGAGAUCCCAGUGCUCAAUGAGUUCACUACUCCUGUGGUUGCACGCUAUAUACGGAUUAAGCCUUAUAGUUGGUUCCAAAAUGGCAACAUUUGUAUGCGAUUGGAGAUUUUGGGCUGCCCAAUGCCAGAUCCUAAUAACUAUUACCACAGACGAAAUGAAGUCACAACAACAGACAAUCUAGAUUUCAGGCAUCACACCUACAAAGAAAUGAGGCAGUUGAUGAAGAUAGUCAAUGAACAGUGUCCAAACAUCACUAGAAUUUACAACAUCGGGAAAAGCUACCAGGGACUGAAGCUGUACACCAUUGAGAUCUCCGACAACCCAGGAGUGCAUGAAGUUGGUGAGCCUGAAUUCCAUUACUCUGCUGGGGCUCAUGGAAAUGAGGUACUUGGUCGCGAGCUGCUUCUUCUGCUGAUGCAGUUCAUGUGUCAGGAAUACCUCGCAGGAAAUCCAAGGAUCAAACACCUUGUGGAGGAGACCAGGAUCCACCUAAUGCCUUCAGUAAACCCCGAUGGUUACGAAAGAGCUUUUGAAGUGGGUUCAGAGUUAGCAGGCUGGUCUCUAGGACGGUGGACUCAUGAUGGCAUUGAUAUCAAUCACAAUUUUCCUGAUCUUAAUUCUAUUCUUUGGGAGGCCGAGGAUCGCAAGAGAGCAUCCAAGAAAGAAAAAAAUCAUCACAUCCCCAUUCCUGAAUGGUACCUGUUUGAAAACGCCACUGUAGCGGUCGAGACACGAGCAGUGAUCGCUUGGAUGGAGAAGUUCCCAUUUGUGUUGGGUGGAAAUAUACAAGGAGGUGAAUUGGUGGUAACUUAUCCGUACGACAUGGCGAGGUCCAGCACAAAGGUCCACGAGUACACAGCGACACCGGAUGACCAUGUCUUCCGUUGGCUUGCAUUCUCCUAUGCUUCCACUCACCGUCUGAUGACGGAUGCAAAUCGAAGAGUGUGCCACACGGAUGAUUUCAGUAAGGAUGAUGGGACUAUAAAUGGAGCAUCGUGGCACACGGUCGCAGGAAGUAUGAAUGAUUUCAGCUAUCUGCACACAAACUGCUUGGAAAUAUCUAUGCACGUGGGCUGUGAUAAAUUCCCCCAUGAAAGUGAACUCCCAGAGCAGUGGGAAAACAACCGAGAAUCUCUCCUUGUCUUUAUGGAGCAGGCUCAGAGGGGUAUCAAAGGGAUUGUACAAGACACACAAGGAAGAGGAAUUGCAAAUGCAGAGAUAUCCGUCGAAGGCAUAAAUCAUGAUGUUACAACAGCGAUUGACGGCGACUACUGGCGCCUCUUGAACCCUGGCGAGUACAGAGUUACCGCCAAGGCUGAAGGCUACUCAAGCGCCACAAGGAACUGUGAGGUGGGAUACGACAUGGGAGCCACGCCAUGUAAUUUUAUUUUGGCCAGAACUAAUCUGGCAAGAAUUAGAGAGAUAAUGGAAAAGUUUGGCAAGCAGCCGAUCAACCUGCCAUUUAGACGGAUUAGGCAGCGAGUUCGACAAAGGCGCCGGCAGACAUGAAACUCCUAUCUUUAUAUUAAAAAAAAAGCCCUUUCUAAGUGACCAGAUUUGAACAUUUCCAAUUGCAAUUAUUGAGAUGCAUUGUACGUUAUAUCAUGUAGUGGAGACAACAUUCAUUUCAUUGUCCUAACGUGACAUAUUCAAUUAUCUUUCACGAUAUACAGCUCUUUUCUGCAUGAUGUAGUUAGAAAACUUAUCACAUUGUUGCACAGUUAUAUUGGUAACACUAGAUUGUACUAUAAAACCUUUGGAAAUAUCGGCCAUAAAUACUAACACAUUGAUAUUGUUAACAUAUUUUCACGUUUAGAAACUGUCACAAACUUGUUGGAAUGUUUAGUGUUGUUUAAUUUUGAGAGCUGUCCAAUAAUAAACGCAAUUGUAUUGCUCUAUUUUUAAUGUCCUGUAUCUGUACACCACUACAGGACUUUGCUAUUAAGUUGUGAGUAUCCAUGCUUUGGUUUUCAAUGUAUCCAUCCAUUUCCAAUUUUACAGAGUUUAAUUUGACGCGGUCGAACAAUAAUGAUUUAAAAAGUUAGACUGGCAGCAAAGGGAUUGCUGUAACAAAUCGCAAUAACUUUUAACAGAUAAGCAAGUGAUCACAGAUAUUAAAAGUUGAUAGUGCAAGGCUGACCUUCAAAGUUGCCAAUUUAGAAAUUGUUGUUUAUUUGAAAAUUUGUGAUCAUCUUUUAUAAUAUUUAAAAUACACGUGCAAUGAGUGCUUGAAAGCUCGCACAAUGUUUUAUAUUUUGUGUUUCACAAAUAGAAAUGCUGGACAUUGGAUUGACAAAUGUGGAAUCAGCUGAAGAUUAUUUUUAUGCCAGUUCUGAAUCCAGAAUAGUUCUGUUUCCCUUCAAAAUUGAUGUAAUUAUUCCCAGAUACAACUAAUAUGCUGUUUGCAAGCAAAGUACAUUGAUAGUUGAAAGAUCAGUAUAUGCAAGAAGAAGAAAUUGGCAAUGUUUUGCCACUUCUUACUUUGAUUCUUUUUAAUAUUGUUUACACCACCAUUUCCUAUUUGGCAAAUAAUCAAAGCUUAAUUUAAACAUUUACAUUAAAAUGGAUGAGGUUCUGCAUAUGACCUUGGACAAUAAUUAGCAUGUAUAAUCCUGUGCAAGUGUAUUUAUAUAUUGUGUGUUGAUUGGAUCUAUGGAGAAAUUGUAACAUGGAUUUCCAUAACACAAUGUUUUUCCUUAACCUUUAAAAAGUAACUAUCUUGUUCAUUCUGAAAUCAUUUGUCACUUUGUGCUAAUUUUUUAACUUGCAGUCAAUCUCAAUUCUACAUUUUCUAGCACUUUAAUAAAGCAUUAUAACCUAU